AUGGUGGAAUCCAAGGCUGACUGUAAAGAGAUCCAAGAAGACCUCAACAAACUGGAGGUUCCCUUGAGACUGGUCAAUGGAUCAAACAGAUGUGAAGGUCGACUUGAAGUGUAUCAUGAAGGAAACUGGGGGACCGUCUGUGAUGAUGCUUGGGACAUAGAUGAUGCACGUGUUGCAUGUAGACAGCUUAACUGUGGACAAGCUCGCUCUGCUCAGAUUGCUGCCUAUUUUGGCCAAGGCAACAAAAGUGACAAAGGACAGAAAGGUUCUGAGGUUCCCUUGAGACUGGUCAAUGGAUCAAACAGAUGUGAAGGUCGACUUGAAGUGUAUCAUGAAGGAAACUGGGGGACCGUCUGUGAUGAUGCUUGGGACAUAGAUGAUGCACGUGUUGCAUGUAGACAGCUUAACUGUGGACAAGCUCACUCUGCUCAGAUUGCUGCCUAUUUUGGCCAAGGCAACAAAAGUAUUUUACUGGAUAAUGUAAACUGCAUAGGGAAUGAAUCCUCUCUUGAUCAGUGCUCACACCGAGGAUGGGAAAUCCAUAACUGUGAUCAUAAAGAAGAUGCUGGUGUUAUAUGCUCAGACUCCAUGGAGCUGCCAUUACAAUUGAUCAAUGGGAGUAACAGAUGUGAGGGUCGCCUCGAAGUAUAUCAUGCUGGCAAUUGGGGAACAGUUUGCGAUGAUUUCUGGGACAUGAAUGGUGCACAGGUUGUAUGCAAACAGCUUGGAUGUGGACCAGCAGUUUCAGCACCAGUAAAAGCCUACUUUGGUCAAGGCUCAGGCAAUAUUGUCCUGGAUGAUGUUCGCUGCAAAGGAUCUGAAGAAACUCUCCAUCAGUGCAACCAUACAUCUUGGGGUAAACAUAACUGUGCACAUAGUGAAGAUGCUGGUGUCAUCUGCUCAGAGAUGUUAAGGCUAGUUAAUGGAGCCAACAAAUGCCAAGGUCGCCUUGAGGUAUAUCAUAAUGGCACAUGGGGAACUGUCUGUGAUGAUGGCUGGGGCAUGAAUGAAGCACAGGUUGUAUGCAAACAGCUUGGAUGUGGACCUGCACAAUCAGCACCUGGAAAUGCCCACUUUGGUCAAGGCUCAGGCAAUAUUGUCCUGGAUGAUGUUCGCUGCAAUGCAUCUGAAGAAACUCUCCGUCAGUGCAACCAUACAUCUUGGGGUAGACAUAACUGUAUGCAUAGUGAAGAUGCUGGUGUCAUCUGCUCAGUAACUUUCUUGAGGCUAGUUAACGGAGCCAACCAAUGUGAAGGUCGUGUUGAAGUACAUCAUGAUGGCAGUUGGGGAACAGUUUGUGAUGACGGCUGGGCUAUAAAUGAUGCAAAGGUUGUAUGCAGCCAGCUUGGAUGUGGACCAGCAAUUUCAGCACCUGGAAAUGCCCACUUUGGUCAGGGCUCAGGCAGUAUUUUUCUGGAUAAUGUUCAAUGCAUUGGAAAUGAAAGCACCCUGGAUCAGUGCAAAAAGGCCCCUUGGGGCACACACAACUGUGUUCACAGAGAAGAUGCUGGUGUCGUAUGUGAAGAAACUCCCCCACUAGUGCGACUUACUAAUGGAACCGACAGAUGCCAAGGUCGUGUUGAAGUCUAUCAUAAAGGCCACUGGGGAACAGUCUGUGAUGAUCACUGGAGUAUUACCAAUGCACAGGUUGUGUGCAAAGAGCUUCACUGUGGACCAGCAAAAGCAGCACCUGGAGGAGCCCAUUUUGGUAAAGGAUUAGACCCCAUUUUCUUGGAUGAGGUUCAGUGCAGGGAUAAUGACUCCUCCUUGUUUCAGUGCCCUCACGCACCUUGGGGCACACAUGACUGUAGUCAUUAUGAAGAUGCUGGUGUCAUCUGUGAAGCUUCCUUGAGACUGGUGAAUGGAGCCAACAGAUGUGAAGGUCGUGUUGAAGUAUACUACAAUGGCACAUGGGGAACAGUCUGUGAUGAUGGCUGGACCCUGAAAAAUGCACAGGUUGUAUGCCGGCAUCUUAGAUGUGGAUGGCCAAAAUCAGCACUUGGAGGUGCCCGUUUUGGUCAAGGCACAGGAAUUAUUUUAUUGGAUGAGGUUAUGUGCAAGGGAGAUGAAAUGUUCUUGUCUCAGUGCCCUCAUGCAUCUUGGGGAACACAUAACUGUGGACAUCAUGAAGAUGUCAGUGUGAAGUGCUCAGAAAUUGACUACACUGGUCAGACAAGAGAAUUCAGUUGUGAUCCUGUCCCUGACCCUGACUGUUCUUCAAGCUAA